AUGAAGGGAAAUGCGUUCAGCGAUCGCGUUCGUCUCGUCUCCGAGUGGUUCCAGAGUUGGAAUAGUUGCGAGCAGACGAUUGCUCUGUACUCUCUCCUUAGCAAGGUGUCUCCUACACAAGCGCGCUUCCUAUCUCUGGUACUGGAGCACUCUCUGCAGAAUGGAGUCAAGAACCCAGAGAUCGCUCAACUGGAGAAACAAGCUAACAAUGCUACGUUCCUCAGCUCGCUGCACAGUCAGACAGAAGAGCAAGCGUUGGGAUCUCUCUUAAUGCAUCUCCCUCUACUCAACCCCGGUAGCUCCGAAGCUAGAGCAGAGUACAUGAAGUUACUGCCUAAGGUUAUGUUGGGCUCUAGCGAGGUACUGGACUAUCUUGAUCAAUGUCGACAGCUGCUAUCUCUUGCCCUUGUACAUCCUGCCUUCCCUCAUGACGACAGAGAGGCUCUCACAUUCUGGUUCUCUCAGCUCGAUAGGAAACAACGGAACAUUUUCGACCGGAAACCUCCCUCCUCUCCUACGUCCAAGAUCUACCAAAUCAAGUCAAGUCCUGAGGAGGCUAGUUGGACAUCAGGCAUUGGGCUUGGUAGCGGUCGUAUUAACAUCUCUGGGGAGCUGCAAGCUGUGGGAGCAACUGAUGGGUUCUUCUCUGAUGAUGAGCUUAAGAGCAACUCACUUCCUCCUGGAGGCAGGCUUACUCAUGGCCCAUCUAGUGUUGAGGAUGGACCACUAUCGUUUGAGGAAUACUUGAUGGCACAUAUGGACAAGGGUAUGGUUGGCAUGGCACCCAGUACCUCUAUGACUGCCCCUGGAGCUAUGAUCAGUGGACCAGAGGAGCUCACUAACUGGAAGGAAGGCAUGAAAGAGGUGCCUAUGUGGCUCAAGAGCCUACGACUACACAAGUACCAGGUCCUCUUUGCUGACAUGGAGUAUGAACAAAUGCUUACCAUCACUGAAGACUAUCUUACAGAUCAGGGUGUGACCAAGGGUGCCAGGACUAAGAUCAUUCUCAGUAUACGCAAGUUAGCACGUCGGCCAGAAACCCUUGUUGAGAUAGAACAGGACAUGGAGAAACACGGCCGCCUCACAUGCUGUAUACAAGAGCUGCGGCAGAUGUUGGCCACACCCAUCAAGCCAUACAACCGCUCAAGCAGUCCCAGUGUGCGUAAGACGACUGAGGUGACCUCUGACCCCGUGGGCUCUGGUGACGAGGAGGAUGAGAGCAAACACCAGUCGAGUUCUGACUCUGAACUAGAAGAUCUGCUGACUCGGAACUUUCCCCACGAGGACCUCCCCUCUCUCCUCACAAGGGCCAUGGGGAAAGGGUUCAGCACUCUCAUGAGCUAUACUGACACCAAUGAAGAGAACCUUGGAGCCUUCAUUAGACUACUGGACUCUGCACUGCAACAUGAGGUGUUCACAGUGGACCAGAAGAACCUCUUCUUUGAUUGGAAGCAACAGUGUACUCAGACACUGAGAGUCAUCUCACCCAAGAAGUCAGCUACUGCUAGAGGGAGGAACUUUGGAGGCUUCCACACUAUCCACACUGUCCCCUCCGCUCUGAGUCAACCAAGGGGGUCUAAGACGCGAUCCCUUCGUUCCCCCCGCAUGACUGGUGGACCAGCUAGUAAGGGACUCUCCCUACCUGCAUUCUCACGGGCCUCCACUACUCUCCCACGCAUGAGUGCUAGACAGCUCCAACAAGCGCCUCUGCCUCACCACACACCAGCAUUUCUGAGACCCAAGUCUCUGGUGACAUAUCCCAACUCUCCCAAUGGGAAGGGGUUUCCCCUGGCCAGUCAGACCUACAAUGCACCACCCCCACUGCCCCCCAGAGGGGGUCGACAAGACUCAGCGGAUAAUUACAUGAAUGACCUCCCUCAGAAGGUUGCAGAGCAAGCACUCGAUGAGCAAUCUGACUACUAGAGCACACCCACACACACCACACACACCCACUCACUGACGUUGGUUUGUGACCCUCAAUCAAGCGAGAAACCGGCUGGUCCGGAUGUGAUCUAGUGGACUACUGCUGAUCAAUAAACUGCAUGCCAAUAUUUUGUGAUUAUCUUUUCUACAUUUAACAAGUUUCAUAGCAAUUUUUGUAAGUCCACACUUUGUUCUGCGUCUUUCUAUACUUUCAUUGAUUCGUGUUGCAAUCAUCAUAUUAAUUUUGUAUGCUGUAUAUGACAAUAAUUAUUACAGCCUUGUGAGCUCGAGGACUGAUUUAUGUCAAAACAAAUUCAGCUCAAAAUUUUAUUUUUGAUAACGAUCAA